CCGUCACUUCCUGCCGUGCUGCGGGCGCCGGAGCGGCUCCUCAGCGUUUGCGCCCGCGGCGGCGGUGUCUGGUUCACCUACCCCUUCCUCUGACCCCCGGGCCGGGCGGCGCCCGCCUCUUUCGCGGCCACUCCGCCUCUUCCCUCCAGCCGUCCCUUCCUUCUUUCCUUCUUCCUUCCUUCCUUCUUCUCCUCGCCGCCGCCGCCCAGGACCGCCGGUCAGGAGACGAGCUCCGGGCAGCAGCCAGGAGUUUUCUAACCACAUAACCACUCAGAUCUGAACCAAACAGCAUUGUUCCUGGAGCACCUCUUUUUAAGGUAGAACUUUAGACUUCAUAGCACUGAAUUAACCUGCACUGAAAGCUGUUUACCUGCAGUUAUUCACUUUUGUUGAAAGUGACCAUGUCUCAAGUUCAAGUGCAAGUUCAGAACCCAUCUGCUGCUCUCUCAGGGAGCCAAAUACUGAACAAGAACCAGUCUCUUCUCUCACAGCCUUUGAUGAGUAUUCCUUCUACUACUAGCUCUCUGCCCUCUGAAAAUGCAGGUAGACCUAUUCAAAACUCUGCUUUACCCUCUGCAUCUAUUACAUCCACCAGUGCAGCUGCAGUUCCUUCUAGCAUGGCACACCCCAAAGAGAAAACCCCAAUGUGUCUUGUGAAUGAGUUAGCCCGUUUCAACAAGAUUCAGCCUGAGUAUAAGCUUUUGCAUGAGCAAGGUCCGGCUCACUGUAAGGUGUUUACAGUACAGCUAACACUUGGAGAUCAGCACUGGGAAGCUGAAGGAAGUAGUAUUAAAAAAGCCCAACACACAGCUGCUGCCAAAGCUUUGGAAGGAACAAAAUUUCCUAAACCCAUAGUCCGCCCUUUUCGUAGCGAAGGAAGGAAUCCAGACAGCAUAACCCCUACUGUAGAGCUAAAUGCACUGUGCAUGAAACUUGGAAAAAAACCAAUGUACAAACCCGUUGACCCUUACUCUCGGAUGCAGUCCACCUAUAACUACAACAUGAGAGGAGGUGCUUAUCCCCCAAGGUACUUUUACCCAUUUCCAGUACCACCCUUACUUUAUCAAGUUGAACUUUCUGUGGGAGGACAGCAAUUUAAUGGGAAAGGAAAGACGAGACAGGCUGCGAAACAUGAUGCUGCUGCGAAAGCUUUGAGGAUCCUGCAGAACGAGCCCCCGCCCGAGCGGCUGGAGGUGAAUGGAAGAGAAUCGGAAGAAGAAAAUCUCAAUAAAUCUGAAAUAAGUCAAGUGUUUGAGAUUGCACUUAGACGGAACUUGCCUGUGAAUUUUGAGUCUUUCCCUCUGCAACAGGUCGCCCGGGAGAGUGGCCCACCCCACAUGAAGAGCUUUGUGACCAGGGUGUCGGUUGGGGAGUUUGUGGGGGAAGGUGAAGGGAAGAGCAAGAAGAUUUCAAAGAAAAAUGCUGCUAUAGCUGUUCUUGAGGAGCUGAAGAAGUUACCACCCCUGCCUGCAGUUGAGCGGGUGAAGCCCCGAAUCAAAAAGAAAACCAAACCCAUAGUCAGGGUCCUUCCCGUGACUGACAGGCGCACGGUCUGUGCGGUCGUCGUUCCUCAGGUGCAGAGCGGCCCGGAGCACGGCCAGGCGAUGAACCCCAUCAGCAGACUCGCCCAGAUCCAGCAGGCCAAGAAGGACAAGGAGCCGGAGUACAUGCUGCUCACAGAGCGAGGCCUCCCACGCCGCAGGGAGUUUGUGAUGCAGGUGAAAGUGGGGAAGCACACCGCAGAGGGAACGGGCACCAAUAAGAAGGUGGCCAAGCGCAACGCGGCCGAGAACAUGCUGGAGAUUCUGGGCUUCAAAGUCCCACAAGCUCAGCCCACCAAACCAGCCCUCAAAUCAGAGGAUAAGACACCCAUAAAGAAACCAGGGGAUGGAAGAAAAGUAACCUUUUUUGAACCUGGCUCUGGGGAUGAAAAUGGGACUAGCAAUAAGGAGGAUGAAUUUAGGAUGCCUUAUCUUAGUCAUCAGCAACUGCCUGCUGGAAUUCUUCCCAUGGUGCCCGAGGUUGCCCAGGCUGUAGGAGUCAGUCAAGGACAUCACACCAAAGAUUUUACCAGGGCAGCUCCGAACCCUGCCAAGGCCACGGUAACUGCCAUGAUAGCCCGUGAAUUGUUGUAUGGGGGCACAUCGCCCACAGCCGAGACCAUUUUAAAGAAUAACAUCUCUUCAGGCCACGCACCCCAUGGACCUCUCACAAGACCCUCUGAGCAGUUGGACUACCUUUCCAGAGUCCAGGGAUUCCAGGUCGAAUACAAAGACUUCCCCAAAAACAACAAGAACGAAUUUGUAUCUCUUAUCAAUUGCUCCUCUCAGCCGCCUCUGAUCAGCCACGGUAUUGGAAAGGAUUUGGAGUCCUGCCACGACAUGGCUGCACUGAACAUUUUAAAGUUGCUGUCUGAGCUGGACCAACAAAGUACAGAGAUGCCAAGAACAGGAAACGGACCAAUGUCUGUGUGUGGGAGGUGCUGAACCCCUUCUGGUCAUGAACCGUUACAUAAACUUCCCAACAGAUACUGAAAAUCCUGGGACUGCUUUUGAAAAUUUGGAAUUUCUGAUACCUCGAGUGGGCCGAGAGACCUGAUGGGUAAAGAACUGGAGACAGCAGUGGUGACAGAGGCGGGAGGCUGAGGCUGCUCGAAUGUGCUGUGGUUUGUCCCCACAUGGUGGCAGCAGCAGCUGCUGUGGGGGAGGGUUGGGCCUGCCAAGCAGCCCUUGCUCAGUUGCAAAACCAGCAGGUCCCUGCCCCCUGCACUUCAGUGCUUGGUGGUUUUCUUUUUUUCUUUUUUCUUUUUUUUUUUUUUGCUGUGUGGAAGAAGCAAGCAGAAAACAGGACCCUUUCUCAGACCGGCUCACUAACAUACUUUGGGACAAAUCCUGGACACCCACGCCGGAGAGAGGCCUUAGACCAGCAGGCCCAGAGCUGCAAGCACUAGAGGAAAAUCAAAUGCUUCCUACUCGGCGCGAGCUAACCCCCUAGCUUGCUACGGCUCCCCACCUCCCGUGGUACUCACCCGUCACCACUGCUUUCUCUUCCAAAAGAGAUGCAUAUUCUUAGUUUUAUUAUUUUCUUUGGAUUGAAAUGACACUAUAAAUUUUCAUUUGAGUUUCUCAAUUGUAUCUAGUUACAUAGCACAGUUUAGAAACUUAAGAGACUAUCAGUAACUUAACCGGCAAAGAUUAAAUCCCUUUCAUCCCAUUGGACUAACCCGGGACCGUUCCAGUGAUGCAGGGUGCGUGCCCUCGGUCUGGCUGGAACAGUCCUGGACUUCUCAGAACCCUUGAUGAAGUCUCUCACAGGUGUACAAAUUGGACGAUUUAGGAAUUUUAAACUUUAAAUGAUCAUUUGGCUCCUUUUCUAUUUCAUUUUUGUUAAUGCAACACACUUAAAUGAACUUUGCUCUCUGUUUUAAAGAUUAUUAAAAUCGUGUGUAUGUACAUAUGGCUCUUGAGGACACACAGCUUUCACUACACUACAGGUGUGACCUCCAUGUAGUCCGUGCGGAACUGCAGGCUGGUGUCCCCGAGCGCGUCAUACUGUUGAUUGCAUCUCCAUGUAGGGCUGAAAAGAAUGACCUACCCGUGUGUAUCUCUGAAACUGUUGCUUUUGGUGUUGUGCUACUGUGCACGGAAGUGUGUGCGGUAAGGUCCUGCCCAUGGUUCAGCUGGAAAGCACGGUAGCCUUGCGAGUUAAGUACUGCUUUGAUUCAUUGUUUACGCCGGAAUUUUUUGUCCCCAUGGAAUGUAAGUAAAAUGUAGUGUUUGUCACCAAUAAAUGGUAAUACUAAAUUUUUUUGUUAAUUUAUUCUCAGAUGCCACUACUGCUAGGUUGGGUCCCCUCCCAACCUGCCCCCUGUCCUUUUUUUAAGAAAAGAAAAUUUGUAAUGCUUGUGAUUCCAUUUGGGCAAAAUUCUGAAGACCUGAAAUUUGUAUCUGUUGAUCAAUAAACAUCUAAUGCAUU